UGAGCUUCCACGAAGCUUUGACCUCUAUUUCCAAAUGUAGUCUCUCAUAUCUCAUACCACACACGCGCACACGCACGAGACGCGAGCCUCCUGCUGGGUGCCGACCCGCCGCUCCGACCCCCUGCGCUGCGGUCUUUUCUCGUCCUCCCGGUGAGCCGACAACACCUGGAGAGUGACGGCAGAGAGAUGGCGCCGCCGGCCGCUGCGCCUUUAAGGCAGCGUGUGGAGUUCGUCUCGCGGCUCCCGGCUGCUGCUGCUGCAGGGGAGGUGCACGCUUCCAAAGUUUGACGGGGGAAUAGAGGGAAGCAGCGGAGCCGGCAGCAGACACGGACCGGAGCCCGUCCUCCGGAGAGCAGCCUGGGAGGGUCCGACUCCGGCGAGAAGAACAAUGGCUGAGCGCGUUUUACAUUUAGACAUGGGAAACACAAGAAGGUUCAUUUAGCCCGGUGUCGGCUGAACGGAGGGACUCCCGGCUGCCCCCCAGCCAUGCCGCUUCUAUACCGCACGCUGUUGUUCGUCUUCGUAACGCUGCUGGUUGUGGUUUUGAUCAUUGAUGAUAUUUCACAAGUGGAAAAAGAAACUGCAAAUACCGGACAUUCAAAGAAGAUGAACUUACAUCGCCUCAUCCCGAAACCGCACAGAAAGUCCGCAGCACACGUGGAUCCGACUGCGUUGACGAGGGCGAGCAAACCUGUCAACCGCCUCAGGCCGAGCUCCAACGCCACGGCGAAGCUCUCGCCCGACAACUGGACCUUCAACAAGAGCCUCUCCAACCUCAUCAGGAAGAAUAUUCUGAGGUUUCUGGAUCCAGAGCGGGACAUCUCGAUCCUGAAGGGCACCUUGAAACCGGGAGACAUCAUCCACUACGUGUUCGAUCGCCACAGCACCACCAACAUCUCCGAGAAUCUCUACCGUCUGUUGCCCACCGUCUCCCCCAUGAAGAACCAACACCACCGGCGCUGCGCCAUCGUGGGGAACUCUGGGGUUCUGCUCAACAGCAGCUGUGGACCCGACAUCGACUCUCACGACUUUGUGAUCAGGUGUAACCUGGCGCCAGUGGAGGAGUACUUUCGGGAUGUGGGCCGGCGGACCAACCUGGUGACCAUGAACCCGUCGGUGGUGCAGCGGGCGUUCCAGGACCUGGUCAGCGAAGAGUGGAGGGAGCGCUUCCUGCAGCGGCUCCGGAGCCUGAGCGGCAGCGUGCUGUGGAUCCCGGCCUUCAUGGCCAAGGGGGGAGAGGAGCGCGUGGAGUGGGCCCUCCGCCUCAUCCUGUUGCACACUGUGGACGUCCGCACCGCCUUCCCCUCGCUGCGCCUCCUCCACGCCGUCAGAGGGUAUUGGCUAACCAACCACGUCCACAUCAAGCGUCCGACCACCGGGCUCCUCAUGUACACGAUGGCCACUCGCUUCUGUGAAGAGAUCCAUCUUUACGGCUUCUGGCCCUUCCCACUCGACCCCCAGGGCAAACCGGUGAAAUACCACUACUACGACACUCUGAAGUACGAGUACACGUCCAGCUCCAGUCCGCACACCAUGCCUUUGGAGUUCCGGACCCUGAGCGCGCUGCACCGGCAGGGGGCGCUCCGGCUCCACACUGGGACCUGUGACGCCGAGAGGAGACCACAGAAGUAGCUGCGGAGCAACGAGCCCAGAGGAUCUCCAUGGAAACCGCUUUGAGCAGACUCCUGCAAACCGUUUUCUUGUCGCCGUACUUUUCUGAAACUUGAAUUUGUACUAAUUGGGAUGAACCUUUUCUAUUUUUAGGCUCUUAUGGUGACUUGUUUCACUGGUGUGGUUUAUUAAUGAGAUUUCUAUGGCAGUCUUUAAAAGUGUUUUUGUACAGGUGUCCAUGGAGAUACUGUCAUCUGUUCACUUCUUAUUUUUCCAAAACAGACCAUUUUAAAAGUCUAUCCAGGUUUACAGUAUAAGUCAGACAAUUAAGGAGUCAGAACAUAUUUUAAGAUGCCAUUAAUUAUUGAUUAAUAGGGCUUCAUUACAGGUUUGUUGUACUUUACGCAGCAUGUCAACAACAUGAGGAGCUGCUGAAUGAUUGGCUCCUUUGAGACACGUUCUGGGCCACACGAUGGAAGCACAAUAAUCAGGGAGAACAAUUCUUUAAGAAAGAAAACGUUGGUCAAUACUGUUUGUUAAACCGGUUGUGCUUCUUAUAAAGUGACUGGUGUCAAACAGGUUAUUCAUAAACAAAAAAUUCCAAAAGUCAAGUUAACCAGAGCUGCCAAGUUGAGAGCUGAAUGGAGGGAAGGAGGCAUGUUGAAUUGUGUUGAGCUUCUGUGAGCUUAAAGGAGGAGUCUGCUGUUCACAUAAGAAUGUUUGCACAGACUUGGGCGGCAGUGAACUCCCAAUGUGAACACCAGCUCUGUUGGUAGCGAGGUCCGACUGUAGCUGUGUAUCGGUAGUAAGAAAAGCUUAGCUUUUUUAAAUGAAUGUAUUAGUGAUAUUCUUACAAAUGCUGUCAGAAUUUAACCUCAUAAUGUGCUAUGAAUAAAUGCAUAGUUAAAGUUAGCACUGAGAGGAGUACGAGCUGAUGACCUGGAUGCCUGUGGUCAUUUAAAAUGAGAUAUGAAUUAUACUAGUAAAGAGGGUUUGGGUUAGUAUUUCAACCCAUAUAGGUUGAUGCAGAUAUUUGUGGAUUUGUAUUAAAGUUGCCAGUAUUUUGUGCCUGUUAUUGUAAUAAUCAAUAAAUUAGGGGUAGGGACCACUCACAGGCCCAGACAUAAAAAUGGGUUUAUCCAAGUUAUUCUUAACAGAAUGUGAAGGAUGUUAAAACGGUAACAUAACUGUCUUUAUAAUGUUACUCACUACUAUGAAGUCUCAAAGUUCAGUUGAGUUUUUAUUUGUCUUGAUUUGUGCUUGACAAACAUGUCGCUGUCUCUUUCAAUAACACUGAACAGAACCAUUUUUAUUAUUCCAAGAGCUCUGCAGCUCUGCAACUUUAUAGUUUAGAAUAGACUUAAAUUGGAGGCAAAGAAAUUAUAAUUUGUGAAAGCUCGCAAAAAUGUUAAUAUUUACUUGACACAUAAUCUGAAUGUACUGACGAAACGCGUAUGGGAUUGUGCUAUAUUAUAUCUUAUGGUUACUAUAUGAUGACGUUGUUUGAUGUCCAAAUUCCCGUGUCAGUUUUUGCAUGCUUAAUCUCGUCUUGAUCCAUACAACAUGAGUACAUUUCAUUUUACUUCUGAAAAUAUUCAUUACGACUCAAGGACUCUUCAAUUGUGCAGUUAAGACGAAGUGAAUGUACUUUUCUGGGUCAGAACACACAAGAUCAGAAUGGAAAAAGAAACAACUCCUUUAAAACGAUGCAACACUUCAAAGAAAGCAGUUUUAUUUAAGUAGUGUUUCGAAGAAAUCGAAACCAAGGAAACAGCUGUGGGUACACAUAACAUCUGUGUUGAAAUAAUUAAACGGGGACUUUGUUUUUGUCAAUAAACUUCUAAAACUAG